GAAAUUUCAAUAUCAUUCGGUAUCGAUAACGAACGAUUUCAUUUAUGUCAGACCAGCGAAUAUAAUACGAAUAAAAUACUUGUUUCUCCGUUAUUCUUUCUCGUCUGGAUACGUCAUUUUAUACGUCGUUUCUUUUCGACGUAUAUCUAACAACAUUGUUUUUAUUUCUCUCACGUAGAUCGUCACGUAAUUGUCGAAUUAAACACAAAAAGUGUAAUAUACGUAUGGAGGAAAAGCAAAAAUUUACCCUCUUGUUAGGGUGCCGCUAAAUCUGCAUAAAAGGACAUCGACGAGAUAUUCACUCGACUCUGACAACAAGUUUUAACAGAUUUUCGUCUUUUAUACGCAAAUAAUAUACGCAGAGUGUAGGCAAUUUGUUGUGACUUGUGAGUUGUGAGUUGUGAGUUGUGAGUUGUGACGAUAGAAAGCAUAUUUCAUUUAAAAUAUAUCAAUGUCGAAUACCCGAUAACUCGCCUGUAUCGUGAAGACGAUGUAACGAUACGAUUAAAAAGCGAACAUACUAUAAAGAGAUACCGUGGCUGGUAAACUCGUACCAAGAAACGCAAUUAUUAACUUCAAAUAUAUGACUUCAUGAAAGGCAAUGCUCGUUACUUUCUCGCAAUAAUAGAUCGUGGAAUUUCGAUUUCGCAGAAAUUCGUUAAUAUUUAUAAGAAUACGUAUUACCCAGUAGCUCUGAAAACAUCGUUUUGUUUAACCAUCUACCAAAUAUUUUUACCUUCUUGUAUUUAAUUAAUUCUUAUAUUUAUAUAUUUAUAUUUCUUAUAAAAAUUCUUUUCUUACUUUUUAGAAGGUUAGAUGUCCUGUUGUGUGUGUUUACGGUGAAAGUUGCAUAACGGCAACAUGACUAAUCUUGAAACGAUCGUUUCGUUUCUCUAACAUAAAUGUCAAGACCUGAUCUUUGCGAGAGAUCCUUCGGUUUAAUUUAAUUUCAUGUUAUUCGUCGAUUACAUCGAUUUUGUUACGUAAUCUUGCCACUAAAGCGACUUAACUAGGACACAACGGGAUGCAAUGAAAGAAGACAAUGAAAGAGCCGAGUUACUCUAAUAACGAAGGUUCGUUAGGUAGAGUUUCAGAUUGGUUAAACUCGUUAAUUAACUUUAUUUUAUAUAGACUUUUAUUUUAACGAAGGUAACAGUUACGAGAAGCUUUAUGGAAAAUUAUUAUAAUUCGAUCGAUUGAAUUUCAAAUAACGACUGAUUUGUUUUGCUAAAGUUAAGAGAAAAUUGAAACACUGAGAAAUUGCAAAUUUUGUCGUGAAAGUAUACACGGAGAUUGUUAAUGGAACUUAACGUACGUAGCAAAAUAGCAAAUCGUUACAGGUUAAAUUCGCUAAAUAAUUCCAUUCUCAAAUGUUUAUGGGCAUGAUAUCGGAUAAUAGUUCGGCAAUGGAGAGAUAUCUCGUUUCUAAGAUUUCAAUUGAUCGUUUAAACGUGUAAAUCGUUGAAUAUGAAAGAAAUGUCACGUAGGUAUUUAAAACACCGGCAAGACAGGCACAGUUUGAUCGUUGAAAUAGCAGUAGCGAUCAUCGAAUGAAAUUAGACGAAACGAACAAAGUUGAUACUAUGCUAAGUAUACGCUUCGUUAAGAACGAGAAGGAGCGAAAAAAUAUUCAAACAAAAGGAAAGAGAAGCAAAGCGAGAAAAUCCUAACGUUCGCUUCGAAUAGCUGAUAUGUUUGCAACAACCGCGUCAAACUUGACAAAUUUCAUCCGUCUAACCGAACGAACGACAGCUAAUCGUUACAUUUUAACCGCGUGAAUAAGGAGAAAGUUGGUUGGCAAUGAAAGUUACAAGUUAAACAAUUAUGUUGAUGCUUUUCGAAGAUACACAAGUACGUAUGUAGUAGGUGCAAGCAGUAUCCUAGAAUCUGAUUUAGUCGGACUUCCCGCCAACGAACGGCUAGAUUGUAAAAGUGUUCGGUUGUAAAAAAAAAUGCGUCCGGCUACUGGCAUAACGCUACUGAUUUUUAUCGGAUCUACGCGCGCGAUCUACUAUUAUGUAACGAGAAUAAAAACUGAAAGGUAGGCUGAGACGCGAAACAGCUACGAACACAUCGAACAGUGGACCAACGAGAAAUGGGGACGAGUUAUGUCACAACAGACGACAAAUAAUAGCGCUUUACCAGAUGUAUUGGUAAUUAUCUGGUUCGCGUCGAUUGUUCGCGUUAAGUCAGCGAUAAUGCCUCCACCAUGGGCAGAUCCGUCAAGCAAUCCCUGCGCCGCUCAACCACGUGGCUGGCAAUUGUUAUUUUGGCCGCCGGAUGGAAAGUGUUACAAAAUAUUCCAGAUUGGAGCACCAUGCCCAGAAACAAUGGAACUAGGUCCAGCUGCAGGUAGAGGUGGAACUGUAGCUGAAUGCAGAUGUCCUCCAGGAACCGUGCAAUCUCCUAGAGACGCUCUUUGCCAUAAAAUAUAUACGAGAGCAUCCUGCUCGAAAGGACAAUUUUUUGCACCCGUUCCAAAGACUUCUGGCAAGUCUAGGUGGGGUGUCUGUCAUGAUCCAGAGCCAUGUACGGGGAAAGGAGAAGUCUACUGGCCUAGGGAUGGCAAAUGUUACCCCAAAUAUAGCAAAGGGCCAUGCCCAAAAGGUGAACUCCUUGCUAUAGACGAAGACGGAUUAACGGUAUGUUCCUGCUCUAGAAAUGGAGAACUUGGACGAUAUCACUGGGCGGGUAGUGUGGGUGGUUGCCACGAACAUUACACUAAAGGCCCAUGUACGGAACCUGGAGAAUUAUUUUUACCAGGUGGCGUAUGUGGCUGUCACUCUGAAUUACCUCAUUACCAUGAACCAACUGCGAUGUGUUAUCAAUUAGGCGGUAUCGGUCCAUGUCCGCAAGGGCAUCACUUUAUUGUAACAAACACGAUAACCAAUGAAGAAAUAGUUCAAGCCAAGUGUGUAUGCAAGCCAGGUCAUGUUCUCUAUGAAAAUGGAUUUUGCUACAGACUUUACACAAAAGGACCUUGCGAAAACGGCUAUAUGCUAAUAAAUUCGACCACUUGUAUUCCUGUGCCUUGUAAACGGGGUCGACUGUAUUUUUCACAAGAAAAGACGUGUUACAAAAUAGGAACCAGAGGACCAUGUCCGAACGGACAAGUUGUUUUAUAUGAUUAUAAUAUACGACCAUCUGUUGAUGGAAUCAGUUACAAUGGAGUAUGUGGAUGUAUAAAUAUACUGACCGAUUCGAAAAAAUGUUCCGAAGAAAUUAACGAUAGCUGCGAAUCUACGCCCGGAAUGGUGGAAAUAAAUAAAACCUGUUACAAAUUAUAUACACAAGGUCCGUGUACUGCAGGAGAAUGGUUGGUUGCACGAAGAAUGCCAAAACAGAGCUUAUGGAAGAACGAAGGAUCAGAGCCAAAGGCAAGAUGCGAAUGUAGACCCGGAUACAAAAGAAUCACGGACGGUCCACAAAUUUCUGAGUUAGAAAGUAAUAAUCUCUUCUCCCUGGGUGGCUGUCAGCCACCCACAGUAAGUUUAGCUAAGUUUCUCAAUGGAAGAGUAAAGUCGAUAAACUUUUAAGCAAAGAGGUCAGACUGCGUAUAAUAGCAAUAAUAAUAUGGUGAUGAUAAAAUGAACUAUUUGAUAUGCACUUUUUUUUAUUUUUUUUUUUUAGAUAUUAUGUGUAAAUAACGUUGUAUAAAGGCUGCGCGUGAAAUGUUCUCAACAAUCUCGUGUGAAUUCCUCGAAUUUCUAUUUAUUUAAUAUCCUAGUGCUAUGAAAUCUUUCGUUUAAUUCCAUAGUUUAAGUCUAUAUCGUCUUAAAAUUUGUUAUGCAGAUAUACUCGUAUUAAUAUAAUUCUAGUACUUAUUUUUAGUAUUACUCUAUUAUAAAUGUAUGCGAAAAGACUUUUGUCAAAUCUAAUAAUUAAAUAUCACCUUUACUGCCAA